AUAAGAAAGAAAAAAAAAAAAAACCUUUGAUAACCGAUAAAAAUUAGAAAAGAAAAAUAAAAAAAAAAUUAAAGAGAAAAGAAGGUACCAAAAGUAUCUUAAGAAGAAAAUGGCGACGGCGUUUUCCAGCGCGAGUUCAAGCUCCAACCUUUACCUCCAUCGCUUCAAUCAAAACCACUCUCACCUUCCUUCUCUUGCGUCUCCGUCUAUUCCUCCGCCUUCUCGACUUCAUCCUCAAACCCUCUUCCUCGCCGCGGCUCCUCUCCGCGUACGACGCAUCGCCGUCUCUCCUCUCCGUCCUCCAACUCCACCCAGUCCCGAUCCACCACCACCUCGAAGCACGAAAAGUAUUGUGGAAGUAGCUUCGAUGAUCCAAGACCGUGUACAGAUCUUUCUUGCACUACUAAUUUGGAUUUCUCUCUUCUUCUGGGCUUCAGCAUUACAAGGGAAAGACAGAGGAAAUGGUAAAGGGAAGAAAGGUUCGCGUUUCAAAUAGUAAACAUAUUAUAGGAUGAUGAUGAUUGAUGAUUGGUGAAAACUCCUCUGCACAUGUGUGUAAUGUCUUGCGAGAUGAUUCAAGACCUUUCUUGCACUAUUAAUUUGAGUUUUGUUCUUCUGGACUUGAGCAUUACAAGGAAGAAAGAGGCUCCCUUUCUAAAUAGUAUUACAAAAGGGAAACUUUUAGUUUCAGUGGCUAUAGUUGGAGAAGAAUUGCAGAAAUAUAAAUAAUGGUGUUAAUCAUUCAUAAUUCAUUAUAUGAAAUAAUCAGAUACAUGUAAUGAUUUGGUUGGGUCUAUUUUAGUGAAUCAAGUAUGUUAGAACUUAGAAAUGAGUAUUGUUUUGUGAUAAGAGCAAAACAUUAAGUUUCGAUAACCCCGAGCAUUUAGCGUA